UGCAUUUAAUCACUGAGAAAAGACAGGAAACGUACUCAUUCUUUAUCCUCCUGCACUCCCACCCCGCCUUCCCUCUGUCCCCCCUGCCUCUGACUCUCAUCUCUCCUGCUGUCUCCGGUGCGUCUGCUCACUGUAAAGAGCGGCGGCGUGCAUGUGUCGGGGAGCCGGGGGAGCGCUGCACCGUUCUGCGCACUGGUUCCGCUGGACAUCACCGAGUAACGGCGCUCGAAUACCGGGUGGCGGUGGAGGGGGGAGACUGGACCCGGACCGGGAUCAGGACCAGGACCAGGAGAAGCACCGUGGCUCUUUAUAGCCCGCUCUCCGAAAACAUGUCGGAGUUUUUUCUACUCGCCUUUUUAGCUCUAUUCUCGGGAUUAUUUCCGUGCGCCGAGCCCUCGACGGUGUCGGACGAGGAGAAAGAAGCCAUCUUGUGCGAUGUGGGGGAGUUUCACUGUCACAACCAGGAAACCUGCAUCCCCGAGGCCUGGCUCUGUGAUGGUGAGCCCGACUGCCCCGAUGGCUCCGACGAAGCUGAUCAAGUUUGUGCGCAGGAGGUGGUGAUCAGAUGUCCUCUUAAUCACAUACAGUGCAUUGGGACAAAAAAGUGUAUUCAUUUCAACAAACUCUGCAAUGGGGCGAGAGACUGUGAAGACGGCUACGACGAAGGAGUUCACUGUCGAGAGCUCCUGUCAGCCUGCCACGAGCUCCGGUGCCGCUACGGCUGCGUCAUGACGAGAAACGGCACCUUCUGUUUCUGCGCCGACGGCUUUGAGGUCGGCGAGGACGGUACAAGCUGCAGAGAUCAUGAUGAAUGUGCCAUGUAUGGUGCAUGCAGCCAAACCUGCGCCAACACCUACGGGUCAUACCGAUGCAGCUGCACGGAAGGAUACAUCCUGCAGCCUGACAGGAUAUCUUGCAAAGCCAAACAAGAUCCUGGUGACAGUCGCCCAGUGCUCCUCAUAGGUGGCUCAGAUCGUAUUGUCAUCGCGAAUCUAAAUGGAACAGGCCUUCAGCCCCUGCGGUCUCUGAGUGUAAAUGGAACGCUGGCAUUGGAUUUCCAGCACAACCAGGAGACUGUGUGCUGGGUCCUGUCUACAGAGUCCUCUGGGCAACUCCGCUGUUCUGUAACAAGGAAUCUGCGUGGAUUCACACGGGAACAGGAAAUAAGAACUCAGCAAAACUUGAGAUAUGUGGAGCACAUGGCCAUUGACUGGCUGACAGGAAACUUCUAUUUCGUUGACCGUGUCACUGACAAGAUAUUUGUCUGUGACCACAGCGGCGACACAUGCGUUACUAUCCUACAUCUAGAUCUACGAAAUCCUAAAGGAAUAGCUCUGGAUCCUCUCAUGGGAAUGCUCUUCUUCACUGACUACGGGAAUGUGGCCAAGGUUGAGCGCUGCAACAUGGACGGCACCAACAGGACCCGGCUGGUGGAUUAUAGAAUAGAGCAGCCCACUGCUGUGGCAUUGGACGUGGUCAAGAAGCUGGUGUACUGGGCAGAUGCCUACCUGGAUUACAUCGACGUGGUGGAUUACCAAGGCAGGAACAGGCACACCAUUAUCCAUGGGAGCCAAGUGUCGUAUAUUUAUUCAUUAGCUGUGUUUGAGGACUACCUCUAUGCUCUCCACUCUGACCCUUCCAAAGAGGGUUCCACUGUAGAGCUGCUUCAAAUGCACAGGUUCAACAUCACAGCAGAGAGCAGGACACAAGCCAGCCUGGGGAAUUCUAGGGCCCUCCAUGUUUACCACAAACUCACUCAGCCAAAAGUCAGGAGUCAUGCAUGUGAAAGGGAUUCGUAUGGAAAGCCAGGCGAAUGUUCCCACAUCUGCCUCCUGAGCGGCAGCUACAAGUCCAGAACUUGCCGCUGUCGUACUGGCUACAGCCUCGGCUUUGAUGGAAAGUCUUGCAAAAAGCCCAAGAACGAUUUCUUCCUGUUCUACGGUAAGGGGCGCCCUGGCGUCAUCAGGGGGCUGGAUAUGAACAUCAAGUCCAGUGACGAGCACAUGGUGCCAAUCGAGGACUUGGUCAACCCUCGUGCCAUUGACUACCAUGCAGAACUGGGACACAUCUACUUUGCUGACACCACCAGUUUUCUUAUUGGGCGACAAAAAAUCGACGGAACCAACCGAGAGACAAUCCUUAAAGAUGAGCUUGACAAUGUGGAAGGAAUCUCAGUGGACUGGAUUGGGAAUAACUUGUAUUGGACCAACGAUGGGUACAGGAAGACAAUCAGCGUUGCCAGGCUGGAGAGAGCCUCUCAGACCAGGAAGACUCUGUUGGAGGGGAAUAUGUCGCACCCCCGGGCCAUCGUAGUCGACCCUCUUAACAGCUGGAUGUACUGGACAGACUGGGAGGAGGACGAGGUCAAUGACAGCAUAGGGCGGAUAGAGAAGGCCUGGAUGGAUGGGUCCAACCGCCGCAUUUUCGUCACCUCCAACAUGCUGUGGCCCAAUGGUCUGACGCUGGACCACGCCACCAGCACUAUGUACUGGUGCGACGCCUACUACGACCACAUCGAGAAGAUUCAGCUGAAUGGGACUGGAAGAAUGGUGGUGUAUAGCGGAAAAGAGCUGAACCAUCCAUUUGGAAUCUCUCAUUAUCGUAAUUUCAUCUUUUGGACCGAGUACAUGAACGCCUCGGUGUUCCAGCUGGACUUGUCCACGGGCGAUGUCACUUUGCUGCGGAGCGAGAGACCACCACUAUUUGGCCUGCGUGUCUACGAUGCACAGAGUCAGCAAGGUGACAACGCAUGUAGCGUGAAUUAUGGAGGCUGUGGUACCCUCUGCCUUGCCAUCCCAGGAGGCAGAGUGUGUGCCUGCGCUGACAACCAGGUUCUGGAGAAGAACAAUGUCACCUGUGCAGAAGUUUCCAGCAGUGGUUUAGAGCCACAGCGAUGUAAAAGUGAUGAGUUCCAGUGCCACAAUCACCGCUGCAUACGGGCCUUGUGGAAGUGUGACGGAGACGAUGAUUGUCUGGAUGGAAGUGAUGAGGAGAGUCACAGCUGCUACAACCACACCUGCCCUGCUGAUCAGUUCAAAUGUAGCAACAAUCGCUGCAUUCCAAAAAGAUGGCUUUGCGAUGGCACCAAUGACUGUGGUAGCAAUGAGGAUGAGGCCAACACCACAUGCUCAGCCCAGCCCUGUCAAGCCGAUCAGUUCUCCUGCCAGAACGGACGAUGCGUACCUCGCGGCUGGAGCUGUGACCGGGAGGACGACUGCGGGGAUAUGUCUGAUGAAAUAUCAUGCACCUUCCCCACCUGUGAGCCCCUCACCCAGUUCAGCUGUUCCAAUGGACGAUGCAUCAGCGUCAAAUGGCACUGUGACGCAGAUGACGACUGUGGGGACGGCAGUGAUGAAGUGGGCUGCGUCCAGUCCUGCUCCAACACUCAGUUCCAAUGCAGCAAUGGACGCUGUAUCCCGGACCACUGGGCCUGUGAUGGUGAUAACGACUGUGGUGACUUCAGUGACGAGAACACGACCUGCAGAGGUGGAUCCGCAUUGCUACCGUCUGUAAUUGAGUGCAGCGAGGAGGAAUUCCACUGCGUCGCAGAUGGAACCUGCAUCCCAGAACGCUGGAGGUGUGACGGAGACAAGGACUGCGAGGACGGGAGUGACGAGAAAGACUGCGAGGGCACCAAGAGGAUGUGCGACCCCAAAGCAAAGUUCACCUGCAAAGAUACAGGCAAGUGCAUCACAAAGAGCUGGGUGUGUGAUGGAGACAUCGACUGUGAGGACCGCUCAGAUGAAGAAUCCUGUGAGUCCGCUGUCUGCAAGCCGCCCAAGUACCCUUGUGCCAACGACACCUCUGUCUGCCUCACGCCUGACAAGAUCUGCAAUGGCAAAGUAGACUGUACGGACCGAUCGGACGAAGGGCCAAUCUGUGACAUGUGUCUCGUAGCCAGAGGGGGCUGCAGCCACCAGUGCACGGUGGCACCGGGGAAAGGAGUUGUGUGUUCAUGUCCCCCCGGGCUUCACCUGGACUCCAGCAACAAGACGUGUGAGGUGGUGGACUACUGCAGCCGUCACCUGAAGUGCAGCCAGGUGUGUGAGCAGUACAAGACCACAGUGAAGUGCUCCUGUUAUCCAGGAUGGAUGCUCGACCCAGACGGAGACAGCUGUCACAGCACAGAUCCCUUUGAGGCAUUCAUCAUUUUCUCAAUCCGACACGAGAUAAGACGAAUAGACCUUCACAAGCGAGACUACAGCCUGCUGGUGCCGGGACUGAGGAACACCAUUGCGCUAGACUUCCACUUUAACCGAAGCCUCCUUUACUGGACAGAUGUAGUGGAGGAUAAGAUCUACAGGGGACGGCUCUCCGAGUCGGGCGGAGUGACAGCAAUUGAGGUGGUUGUGCAGCAUGGCUUGGCCACACCAGAAGGACUCGCUGUGGAUUGGAUCACGGGGAAGCUGUACUGGAUUGACAGCAAUCUGGACCAGAUUGAGGUGGCCAAGCUUAAUGGGGAUAUGCGCACCACACUGAUUGCUGGAGGCAUGGAGCAUCCACGAGCCAUCGCUCUUGACCCAGGGCAGGGAAUUCUCUUCUGGACGGACUGGGACGCUACUUUCCCCCGAAUCGAGGCUGCGUCAAUGAGCGGAGGAGGGAGACACAUUGUUUUUAAGGAUAUGGAGAUUGGGGCCUGGCCUAAUGGACUAACACUGGAUCAUCUGGAAAAGAGGAUUGUGUGGACAGAUGCACGCUCCGAUGCCAUUUUCUCUGCACUUUACGACGGUAGUGGGGUCAUCGAGAUCCUCAGAGGCCACGAAUACCUGUCCCACCCCUUUGCUGUGUCUCUCUUUGGAGGCAACGUCUACUGGACGGACUGGAGGACAAACACUCUAGCCAGAGCCAAUAAGUGGACUGGGCAAAAUGUAACCGUCAUCCAGAAGACGAGUGCGCAGCCUUUUGACUUGCAGAUUUUCCACCCCAGCAGGCAGCCGCAAGCCUCUAACCCAUGUGAGGAGAAUGAUGGACGUGGUCCCUGUUCACAUCUGUGUCUCAUCAAUUACAACCGCACCGCGUCCUGCACCUGUCCGCACCUCAUGAAGCUUUCCACCAACAAACAGUCCUGCUUUGCGCUGAAAAGGUUCCUCCUGUAUGUGCGGCGCUCUGAAAUACGAGGCGUGGACAUUGACAACCCUUACAUGAACGUCAUGACGGCGCUCACCGUGCCUGAUAUUGACGACGUCACCGUGGUGGACUACGACGCUCAGGAGGAGAGGAUCUACUGGGCCGAUAUCAAAACUCAAACCAUCAAACGGGCGUUCAUCAAUGGCACCCAGCUAGAAACCAUCAUUUCCUCAGAUAUAGUGAACUGCCGCGGUCUGGCUUUGGACUGGCUUUCCAAGAACUUAUACUGGCUCAGCUCCGAAAAUGACGAGUCACAAAUCAAUGUGGCUCGCUUUGAUGGGUCCCUGAAGACGUCCAUCAUCCACGGCAUUGAUAAACCAAGGUGCCUUGUACUGCACCCUGCCAAGGGGAAAAUCUACUGGACAGAUGGCAACACCAUUAACAUGGCCAACAUGGACGGGAGUAACAGCAAGGUCCUCCACCAGAAUCAGAGGGAUCCUGUAGGUCUCUCAAUAGACUACACUGCCAACAAGCUGUAUUGGAUAAGCUCGGCCAAUGGCACAAUCAACAGGUGCAAUCUGGACGGCAGCGGGCUGGAAGUGCUGGAGACACUAAAGACGGUGUUAGCCAAAGGCACCGCUCUGGCCUUGAUGGGUGGAAAACUGUGGUGGGCAGACGAUGAGUCGGGACAGCUCGGAACGGUCACGAAGCGAGACGGCCGGAACCCUGUGAUAUUGAGAAACAAGACGAGCGGUGUAGUUCAUAUGAAGGUGUUUGACAGGGAGGGUCAGAAAGGAAGAAACCCAUGCCAGGUAAACAAUGGAGAGUGCUCGCAGCUCUGUUUUCCGACUUCAGAGAACACCCGCAGUUGUUCCUGCACUGUUGGCUACAACCUGCGGAGCGAUCGCAUGUCUUGUGAGGGUGUUGACUCAUUUCUGAUGUAUUCCAUCCACGAGGGAAUCCGGGGAAUCGCUCUCGAUCCAAAUGACAACAGUGAAGCCCUCAUGCCCAUCACAGGGACUCUGUUUGCUGUGGGGGUUGACUUCCAUGCAGGAAAUGACACAGUGUACUGGACAGACAUGGGUCUGAACAGAAUAUCCCGCGCCAAACGUGAUCAGACCUGGAGGGAGGACAUCAUUACUACCGGCAUCAGUCGGGUGGAAGGCAUCGCUGUUGACUGGAUUGCUGGUAAUCUGUAUUGGACAGACCACGGCUUCAAUCUAAUAGAAAUCUCACGUCUGAAUGGUGCAUUUCGCUCUGUUGUCAUAUCUGAAGGACUUGAUCAACCAAGGGCCAUUGCUGUACAUCCACAGAAAGGGUAUCUUUUCUGGACUGAGUGGGGCCAGAACCCCUGCAUUGGCCGCUCCCGCCUGGAUGGUUCAGACCAGGUUACUUUGGUUAUUUCCGGCAUCAUAUGGCCCAAUGGAAUUUCCAUAGACUAUGAGGAAAAUACAUUAUACUGGUGCGACGCACGCACAGAUAAGAUCGAGAGGAUCAACCUUGAGACAGGUGAGAGCCGGGAGAUUGUGUUGUCCAUGGCCAACGUAGACCUGUUCUCAGUGGCUGUGUUUGGGCCUUACAUCUACUGGUCUGACAGGGCCCACUCCAAUGGUUCAAUACGACGCGGCCUCAAGACUGACGCCAGUGAGGCUGUGACCAUGAGAAGUGGUCUAGGGGUCAAUUUGAAAGAUGUGUCAGUCUUCAGUAGAGGCAGGGAAAAAGGCACCAACCCGUGCGCCAGAAAUAACGGUGGCUGCCAGCAGCUGUGUUUUCACCUGGGCAGUGGUCGCCGAACCUGCUCCUGCGCCCAUGGGCGCUUGGCAGAUGAGGGCUUUGCCUGUGAGCGCUACGAAGGUUAUCUACUCUACUCUGAAAGGACCAUAGUGAAAAGCAUCCACCUUUCCGAUGAGAGCGACCUCAACUCACCUGUCCAGCCUUUCGAAAACCCUGCUUUUUUCAAGAAUGCCAUAGCACUGGCCUUUGACUACAGCCAGAAGACAUCUGGAACCAACCGGAUCUUUUUUAGUGAUGUUCACUUCGGAAAUAUCCAGGUUAUUAAUGAUGACUGGACGGGAAGAUUGGUUAUUGCAGAAAAUGUGGGUUCAGUGGAGGGCUUGGCUUACCACCGGGCUUGGGACACCCUGUACUGGACCAGCUCAACUACAUCUACCAUCACCAGACAAACUGUGGACCAGAAACGAACUGGCGCCUUUAGUAGGCAGGCUGUGGUCACUCUUUCAGAGGAUGACCACCCACAUGUCCUGGCCCUGGAUGAGUGUCAAAACCUGAUGUUUUGGACAAACUGGAAUGAGCAGAGGCCCAGCAUCAUGAGAUCGACCUUAGCUGGCAAGAACAUGAAGAUCGUGAUCAGCUCAGACAUCUUGACGCCCAAUGGACUGACCAUUGACCACAAGGCAGAGAAGAUCUACUUUUCAGAUGGAAGCCUUGGCAAGAUUGAAAGAUGUGACUACGACGGGUCCAGCAGAUAUGUCAUAGUCAAAUCAGGAUCUGGAAACAUCUAUGGACUUGCCAUCUAUGCAGAUUUCAUCUACUGGUCAGAUUGGGCCCGGAGGUCUGUGCUGCGAUCCAACAAGUACACAGGUGGUGACACCAAGGUACUCCGAGCAGAUAUACCCCAUCAGCCAAUGGGAAUUAUAGCUGUGGCAGAAGACACCAACAACUGUGAGCUGUCCCCGUGUCGGCACAUGAAUGGAGGCUGCGGUGACCUUUGUCUCCUGACCCCACAUGGCAGGGUCAACUGCACUUGCCGUGGAGAGCGGGUGCUAUUAGACGACAGCAGAUGUGUGUCAGAGAAUUCCUCCUGUAACAUCUACACUGAGUUUGAGUGUGGGAAUGGAGAGUGCAUAAACUACCAGCUGACCUGUGACGGAAUAGCCCACUGCAAAGAUAAAUCGGAUGAGAAGAUGCAGUACUGUGACAACAGGAGCUGUCGGAAGGGUUUCAGGCCCUGCUACAACCAGCGGUGUGUGGCCAGCAGUCGCUUCUGUGACGGGAUCGAUGACUGUGGGGAUCAUUCUGAUGAAGCUUUCUGUAGCAAUGUCACAUGUGGCUCAUCAGAAUCAUCUUGCAAAGACGGGAGCUGCGUACCGAGCUCAGCCUGGUGUAACCAGGUCAUCGACUGUGCCGACGCGUCUGACGAAAAGAGCUGCAACCACAGCGACUGCUCUCACUUUUACAAGCUGGGGGUGAAAGAAAAAGAUUUCAUCAGCUGCAACUCCACCUCGCUGUGCAUCCACCCCUCAUGGAUCUGCGACGGUGCAAAUGACUGUGGAGACUAUGCUGACGAGACCAACUGCCAGGUUUCCCAUGGGCAGAAGUGCGAGGAGGGCCACUUUGCUUGUCCAAGUGGGAACUGCAUUUCUAGCGUGUGGCUGUGCGACGGCCAAAAGGACUGCGAGGAUGGAGCAGAUGAAUUUCAAUGUGACUCGUCGUGCCUGUGGAACCAGUUCGCCUGCUCAAAGAACAAAUGCAUCGCCAAACAGUGGCUGUGUGACGGCGAGAACGACUGCGAGGACGGCCUCGACGAGAGCGUGCAGAUCUGCGGCACAGUGACUUGUGCUCCAGGGCUGUUCAGCUGCCCCGGGUCGUAUGCCUGUGUUCCAAAACGCUGGCUCUGUGAUGGUGAAAGAGACUGCCCUGAUGGGAGUGACGAGCUCUCCGCCGCCGGCUGUGCACCCAACAACACAUGCGAUGACAGCUCGUUUCGCUGCCGCAACAACGCGUGCAUCCCCCAGCGAUUCGUCUGUGACCACGAUAACGACUGUGGAGACGCAUCCGACGAGUCAGUGGAAUGUGUAUAUCGCUCCUGUGGAUCAGGGGAAUUUCGCUGUGGGGACGGCCGCUGCCUUCUCAGCUCUCAGUGGGAGUGUGACGGCUACGCAGACUGCCCCGACCACUCUGACGAACUGCCUCUCAACCUCAAAUGUCUGGCUGCAGGAAGCUUGUGCAACGGCUCCUUCUUCAUGUGCUCCAAUGGCCGCUGCAUUUCUGAGGGGAAUCUGUGCGAUGGGAAGGAUGACUGUGGAGACCAGUCAGAUGAGAAGAACUGCAAUGUGAAUGAAUGCUUGAACCGCCGGGUCAGUGGGUGCACCCAGGACUGCCAGGACCUUCCUGUAGGCUACAAAUGUAAAUGCUGGCCAGGCUUCCAUCUGAAGGAUGAUGGGAAAACUUGUGUGGAUGUCGACGAAUGCUCCACCACCCUCCCUUGUAGCCAGCGCUGCAUCAACACCUACGGUUCCUACAAGUGCCUCUGUGUGGAUGGCUACGAAGCCUUGGAUCGCAACCCCAACACGUGCAAGGCUCUUUCGGCUGAAGAUCCAUUUCUCAUUAUGGCGGAUCACCAUGAGAUUAGAAAAUUGAGCGUGGAUGGCUCGAAUUACACCAUCCUGAAACAGGGCCUUUACAACAUCAUCCACAUAGACUUCGACUAUAAGAAGGAAUUCAUCUAUUGGGUGGACACAACCAGGCCAAGCGGCAGAAAGAUCAACAGAAUGCGUCUCAAUGGGAGUGACCUCAAGAUUGUCCACAAAACAGCCGUGCCCAGCGCCCUAGCUGUGGAUUGGAUUGGAAAGAAUCUGUACUGGUGUGAUGCGGAAAGAAAAACACUGGAGGUGUCUAAAGCUAAUGGCCUCUACCCAACUGUCCUGAUCAGUUCUGGCCUCAAGAACCCAUCAGAUCUAGCAUUGGACCCUCAGACAGGGUUCGCGUUCUGGGUGGAUUGCUGUGAACCCCCUCACAUUGGGCGUAUUGGCAUGGAUGGACGAGGGCAAACGGUUAUCAUUGACAGAGAGAUCUAUAGCCCCACUGCUCUCACUAUCGAUUACACCAACAAGAGGCUUUACUGGGCAGACGACAACCACAUCCUCUUUGCCAACAUGGACGGCACCCAAAGACGCAAAGUGUCCUAUGACCACAUUCAAGGCGUAAUGGCAUUGACUUUGUUUGAGGACUUUGUCUACUGGACGGAUGGGAAGUCCAAAUCAUUACGUCGUGCUCACAAGACAACUGGCACUCAAGGGAUAGAACUCCUCAACUCCUGGCAAGCCAUCAAAUCCAUCAAGGCCUACCACUCCCUGCGCCAGCCUGAAGUACCCAAGCACCAGUGUCAGAUUGCAAAUGGAGGAUGCAGCCACUUGUGUCUUCUGUCUCCGGGUGGGGGACACAAAUGCGCCUGUCCCACGAAUUUUUACUUGGCCGCUGACAAUAAGACCUGCCUUUCCAACUGCACCUCCAGUCAGUUUCGCUGUGGGACCGAUGAGUGUAUCCCUUUCUGGUGGAAGUGUGACACAGUUGAUGACUGUGGGGACGGCUCAGAUGAACCUCUUGACUGCCCGGAAUUCAAAUGUCAGCCCGGGCGCUUUCAGUGUGGCACUGGCCUUUGCGCUCUUCCACCCUUCAUCUGCGAUGGAGAGAAUGACUGUGGUGACAACACAGAUGAAGCUAAUUGUGAGACGUACAUAUGCCUGUCAGGCCAGUUCAAGUGCACCAGGAAGCAGAAAUGCAUUCCUUUUAACCUGCGCUGCAACGGUCAGGAUGACUGCGGCGAUGGAGAAGAUGAGACAGACUGCCCGGAAAGCACAUGCUCCCCGGAUCAGUUCCAGUGUAAGGCCUCCAUGCACUGCAUUUCCAAACUCUGGGUUUGCGACGAGGACCCCGACUGUGCGGACGGAUCAGAUGAGGCCAAUUGUGAUGAAAAGACCUGUGGACCUCAUGAAUUCCGCUGCAAGAAUAACAACUGCAUCCCCGACCACUGGAGGUGUGACAGCCAGAAUGACUGUGGGGACAACUCAGAUGAGGUGAACUGCAAGCCGGUAACCUGUAACCACAAGGACUUCGCCUGCGCUAACGGAGAAUGCAUCUCCUCCCGAUUCCGCUGUGACGGGGACUAUGACUGCUUGGAUAAUUCAGAUGAGAGAGGCUGCGAGGCACACUGUGCAGACGACCAGUUCCGGUGUCAAAACAACCUCUGCAUCUCAAUGAAGUGGCUGUGUGAUGGCCAAGAAGAUUGCAAGAUGGGGGAAGAUGAAAAAAACUGCCAGGGAACAGUUGUCCCUUCGUGUUCCGUGAACGAGUAUGUGUGCGCCAGCGGCGGGUGCGUGUCAGCCAGCCUGCGGUGUGACGGACACGACAACUGUCUAGAUGGCUCCGAUGAGAUUGGGUGUGUGAAGGAGUGCAGAGAGGAUGAAUUUCUGUGUCUGAAUCGUGCUCACUGUAUCCCCCGACGUUGGCGCUGUGACGACGUGUUGGACUGCAUGGACCACAGCGACGAAGAGAACUGCAGCCAGGGUGCUUUCUUCUGCCGGGCGGAUGAAUUCAUUUGCAACAACACGUUAUGCAAACUCCACACGUGGGUGUGUGACGGCAAGGAUGACUGUGGAGACAACUCUGACGAAGACACAGACAUGUGUGCAAAACUUCCGUGUCCUCCUACAAGGCCAUUUCGUUGUAGAAAUGAUCACGUGUGCCUGCGCACAGACCAGGUCUGCAACAAAGUGGAUGACUGUGGUGACAACUCGGAUGAAGAGGAGUGUGCAGAGGUGGUGGCGGGGAGACCUCGGCCUUGUGGGAAGACAGAGUUCACCUGCAGCAACCGACGCUGCAUUCCAGUCCAGCUGCAGUGCGACCUCUUCAAUGACUGCGGUGAUGGCGGCUCAGAUGAGCAAGACUGCAAGGCAUUUUCCAGCGAAGAUGUGUGCGGUAAGAAAACAAAUCCUUGUGGAGAGGACGCAAUCUGCAACCAGACGAAUGCUAAUGUGGUAUGCCAGUGUAAACACGGCUUUAAGAGGAACCAAAAAACAGGCCAAUGCGAAGAGAUAAAUGAAUGCAUGCAGUUUGACACAUGUCCUCAUUACUGCACAAACACUAAAGGAUCUUUUAAAUGCACAUGUGAUCGGAAUUACAAGGAGACCAACGGCAACUGUGUAGCAAAAGGGCCAGAAGAUCGAGUGCUCUACAUAGCUAAUGACACCGAAAUCCGAAGCUUUAUGUAUCCAUUUAACCACAGCCAUGGACACAAACUGCUCACUCACAUUGAGGACAAUGCCCGUAUUAUCGGGAUGGACGCCCUGUUCCACCACCAAAAGUUUAUUUGGGCUACCCAGUUUAACCCUGGUGGAAUUUUUUACAAAGACACCCUCGACAGAAGUCCAUCUAAAGCAAACGUCCGAAACAUUUGUUCGGACUUCCGUCGUCCCAGAGAUAUUUCUGCUGACUGGAUCACAGGCAACAUUUAUUGGACUGAUCACUCUCGGAUGCAUUGGUUCAGUUAUUACACAGCCCACUGGACUAAAUUACGAUAUUCCAUAAACGUAGGACAACUAAAGGGACCAAAUUGCACCCGCCUGAUUACGGACAUAGCGGGAGAGCCAUACGCCAUCGCUGUCAACCCAGCCAGAGGAAUGAUGUACUGGAGUGUAAUAGGCGAUCACGCUCACAUAGAAGAGUCAGCCAUGGAUGGCUCAUUACGCAGAGUCCUCCUGGAGAAGAACCUAAGGAGACCCACUGGGCUGGCCAUUGAUUAUUUCAACCAGCGUAUUUACUGGGCUGAUCCUGAGCUCUCGCAGAUAGGGAGCAUGAGAUUGGAUGGCUCGGACCCUCUGGUGACAAUCAGCGACAGAAACGGGAUCUCUCAACCAUACAGAAUUGAUUUAUUUGAGGACUAUAUCUACGGAACUGGACUAAAACAUGAGGUCUUUAAGAUUCACAAGUAUGGAAAACAGUCGGUGGAAUAUCUCAACCUGGGGGUGGAGAAACCCACGAAUAUUUUCAUCUCUCACCGUUACAAACAGCAAGAUGCGUCGAAUCCGUGCCUGAGGAUGUCGUGUGACUUCAUGUGUCUGCUCAACCCGACGGGUGCCCGGUGUACCUGCCCGGAGGGGAAGGUGCUGGUCAACGGCACGUGCAACGACGUCAACGUCUCAGGUGAACUGUGCCGCCCCCCCUGCGAGAAUGGAGGCCGCUGCUUAGCCAACGAGAAAGGAGACUGGAGGUGCUACUGCUGGCCUGACUUUUCAGGGGAGCGCUGUGAGGUCAACCACUGCACGGACUACUGUCUAAAUGGAGGCACCUGCGUGGGCUCACCCCUGGGAAAGCCCACGUGUCGCUGCCCUGUUGGAUUCUCAGGGUCUUUUUGCGAGAGGAGGAUUUGUGACAAUUACUGUUUAAAUGGGGGGACAUGUGACGUCACUCAGGGGAACCAGCCAGUGUGCCGCUGCAUGGCAGAAUACACGGGGGACCGCUGUCUUUAUCACAUCUGUCAUCACUACUGCGUGAACUCAAAGGCCUGCACGUUAUCCAGCAGCGGCUAUGUGGAGUGUGUGUGUCCUGCCAGGUAUGAGGGAAACAAGUGCGAGGUGGACAAGUGUCUUCGCUGCCACGGAGCUCCCUGCCUCAUUAACGAGGAGACAGGAGAUGUGGUUUGCAACUGCACAAAUGGCAGAAUAGCACCAAGCUGUCAGCUGUGUGACGGAUAUUGCUACAAUGGAGGCACCUGUCACCUGGACCCUGACACCAACCUGCCUUUCUGUCACUGCACGUCAGGGUUCAAGAACCAACGUUGUGAUGAGCUGGCCAACCCCUGCGAUUACUUCUGUCAGAAUGAGGGGAUGUGCACAUUAACAGCUCUUAACAAACCACGCUGCAAGUGUUCAGCUAAUUGGGCAGGAACACAGUGUGAGAGACCCGCCCCUAAAAGCAGCAGAUCAGACAAUACGAGCGGAGGGAGCAUAGCUAUCAUUGUGCCUCUGGUGCUCUUGGUCAUCUUGAUUGUGAUGGUGGUAGCGGGUAUUUACAUCUGCAGACGGAGGCAAAGGGGGAAACGUGUCCAGAGGCAGCCCAUGACGAAUGGAGGGAUAAACGUGGAGAUUGGGAACCCGUCGUACAACAUGUAUGAAGUGGACCACGACAACCAUGCUGAUGCAGGCAGCCUGCUGCGACCCAACUUCACACUGGACCCUCACAAGGGCUGGUGUGUAAAAUCCAGUGACCCUCACACCUUGGGCAUCAAUUCUGUGCCCAAGGAGGUAAUCCCUGGACAGCCCAUCAACUACUCCAACCCAGUGUAUGCAAAGAUCUAUAUCGACGGGCAAAAUUGCCGGAAGCCCGUCAUCAGUAUUGACGAGAGGAGAGAGCUACUCCCAAAGAAACUAGAGGGGACAAUUCAUGAAACCGCCGCAUAGCCUAACUUUACACUUUGUACUUCUUUUUUUACCACAGUGUACAAUGUAUAUAAUAUGAAGGAGGAAACAAGAUUUUUCUAUUUCCUAUGAGGCUCUUAGGUUUUACUGGAUUAGCAUCAGCAUAACGUCCUUGUUGGUGUGCUGAAGAGUUUUAUUUUCCAUAUCCGGUCUGCUUUCUAAUGUUUGUCAAAAAUAAGUUAUACAGCGCUAUACUGUAUACUGUAUGACACUAAAGUGAAGCUGCUGAUUAUUAUUAACAUCCAUAGGCCACACUUGUGCACAGUUCAAACCUUAAAACGCAGUGAUACAAUUACCCAUCCUUGUUUCUAGUUUUAGAGGAAUGGACAGGGGUGUUGUUUUGUGAAGGUAAUGAAGGUAGGUUUGACUAUUUUUCUCUGAACAAAUGUAUGUAUAGUAAGGAGGGGUUACAUGGCUUGUGUCUGAGGCUUUUAUUUUUUCAUGUGCUGUACUGACCAGAGCUUCGUAAACCGAGCAGUGAAGCUUGAUAUAUUUUCUGUUCCAUACCUGGCGGAUCUGCUCGCAGGAGUUCCACCGAAGACCGCAAUGUCAACCUGAUCUUUUCUCACACAAUGUGCAAUUCCACAGCUCUCGUGUCUUUUCCAUUACCACGGAUUUCAAGCUCCAUCCGCCCCGUUUCGACGGUAAUAAACCAUAUGAACUUCAUCUUUUGGUGAAAGAGAUUGAAGCCCACCCUGAAUGUUCUCCGAUCAGAUUCCCAGAUCCUGUACUGUACACUGAAAAGACAGAUACUGAAUACCAUAUUUUUCUAGGUCUCACACGUCAACAGAUUGAAGAUGUAGAAAAGGAAGUGAUUCACCACAGCUACAAAAAAGAAGGUUAUUAAGAGUUAUUAUAAAAACACACCUGUUACUUCAGCAAAGGAAGAUGAUAAAUAUAAGAAAUUUUAUAAUUUUGUAUUUGAUUUGUAUGUUGUUUGGCUGCUUGUAUUUUGAAGAAAUGUAUUAAAUGUAAGUACUUUUUAUAUAAAAUGUAAAUCGAUAUUGAAUAAAGGGGGCUUAUUUCCA